AUAAUGUCGCCACAAUAUUUUCAGGAAUUUAAACAAAUAAUUGCUGGGAUUAUAAUUUGGCUCAUCGUAUCUCCUUUUGUGGCGUUAACUGUAAUAUUUUUAUCCUGCUGGAAAAGUUUCGUAUUUCUCUACAUAAAACUCAAAUACAAAGGUGAGACAAGUUUGUUUGACCAGAUGACCUUUACGGACGCCACGUUUGUCGCAAAUGGCAAUGACUUUGUUUGCAUGAUAGCCUAUGCAUUCGUCAGUGAUGAGAAGAUCAACCUGGUCAAACUUCGGGCUCACUUUGAAGAUACGUUCAUUAAGCAUGGGAAAAGUUCUCAGUUUCCCAUCUUCCACUCCACGUUUGCUACCGUGCUAGGCUACAGCUUCAGAACGCGUGUCCCACUUGACCUGAAUCGUCACAUUCGGGAGGAAGAAUUCGAUGAGGGCGCUGCAGCAGAAACUGAAAACGAAGCGCUUAGUCGGGUCGCACAUGAGAAGUCCAAUUUACAAGGCCAAGUUCCAAAAUGGGAAAUUGUCCUGCUUCAUUACACUCAGAAGGGGAGGAGCACCAUGAUUUUAAAAAUGAGCCAUGGCUUCGUCGACGCUUAUUCUGUUCGAACUCUUGUCGGCAUCCUUACAAACAACAAAGCCACGUACCGGGUUCCAGACGCGGCAAAGCCACGUGGACUAUUGUACAAGGCAAAAAUUUUCGCCAAACUCCCCGUCCUUAUUUUAAAUUAUGUACGGCACAUUAAAACUUUAAACCUACACGUUCAUCCAUAUCGCCCCAUCGGGGAUAAACGAUCCGAUCUACUGAAACCUGUCUGGUCUAAAACCACGUUAGACUUUAGAAAACUGAGACAAAUAUGGAAACAGACCGAGUACAGGAUUUCUGCAAUUUUUAUGUCCUUCCAUGCGAGCACGAUUAGGAAGACGUUCGUCAAAUUGGGCAAAUGGGAUGCCGUCUGUGUUCGAAGUGAUGGUCCACUUUCUUGCCCGAUACUUGCACCGAAUCACCCUGCAGAUCAGGGUCAUUUCUGUACUCAUGUAUCUUUGUGCACCAUUGAUAUUCCAUUGAGAGAAAGUAACCGACUAAAACAAUUACAAACGAUUCAUGAUCUACUGGUCGAUUUUGAAAAGUCCGAGAUUUCAUCAGCUAAUGAGGGAGAUGCAUCUGGAUUUACUUACCCCUAAUUUUAUCGUCGCGAGGGUCAAGCUUGACAAAAAUGCGUAUGCAACCAUCUUUAAUCCAUUCAUAUUCUCGCCGUUGGACUACAAAAUUCUCGGGCCUAGAGUGACAAACCUGUAUUUCUUGGUUCAUUUAGAAGACAACUUGGAUCGCAGAGAAGUCGUGCUGACCCCACUUACUCGAGGGGAUCAAGUGGAUGUGAGCGUGUAUCUGUGCGAUGAGGCAUUCAGAAAUGAAGAGGACGCUGAUUUAUACACUACAAUUCUACACGAGGAGUUGCACCUCUUGGUCAAAGAAUUGGAAAAAACUCAUAAAUUAGGAAAAGUAGGAUUUGAAUAAAAUUUAAACUUGAAAAUUUUACAGUUUUCAUCAUUUUAAAUUUAAAAAUUCAUCCCAUAGGAAAAUCAUUUUUUAAAUAAAA